CAUACAGAAUUCUGGAGUCGCAGCCGUGGAAGUCUCCUUACUACGUGACUUCGGACGCCGAUGAUUUUGCCGUGGCGCCGUCACUUUAUAUAUGGGAUAUAGUCGCGCUUUGGCCCCAAGACCAAGGCGGCGUCGACGCGCCCUUCUAUGGGUCAUCAAAGAGCUGAGCGAUUUCUUCCCGGCAUCUGUGAAGACGUUCGUCCUCCGCGGAGGAACACAAGAGAUCGACACGGAGGUCUGGGCUAGGAUGCUAGCGGCGUUCCCUGCUAUCGAGCACCUCGAGAUCAUCGCGGAAGAAGACGCCAUGCCCGACUUUCCUGCGGCGCUCGAGCCGACAUUCAGCGGAGACGUCCCCUGCCCUGGUCUGCGAGAGCUCGUCCUGCGGUAUCAGCCAGGUGAGGUAUCCGACCACAGUCGGCUGCUAGCUGUUCUUCGUUCAGCGCUCCAGCAGCGCCUCGAAAAGGGCUCGCGCUUGGCAUCCCUCAGCCUUAAAUGGGAGUGUAGAAGUGCUGAUGACGUUGACGCCUUCACGGGGUCGGUGGUCAAUCAGGUAUUACCCGAGCUCCGGGAAAGAACGUUGGUCUUGUCAAGGCUUGUCGGUUCACUGAAGAUGUGGGCUACCAAAUGCCAGAGGCUGGAGAUCUGUGGGAUUGGCAUCUGUUGGACAUGUCGGAUAACGGUAGUGUCAUGCCCACCCAGAAGUACAAUUCCCUGAAGCAAUACAACACAUUGUUUGCUCUGUCAACCGAGGCAAAGUAUAUGUAAGUACGAUAUCCGCACACGGUCAUCAGGCAGUAGUCUGUUGUGCCGCCGACGAACUUUCAAUCUACAUCGGAGGCCACUGAUGACAAACCGCGCCGGCGUCACUUCUGCGAACGGCAUGCAUCGCAGAAGCAUUCACGAUGCUGUGCUGAUCCGGGAACAAUUGCUCUUUG